AUGCUGCACACCGAGGGCCAUGCUCUUCUUCGGGCGGUGGGUCAGGGUAAACUACGCUUGGCCCGUCUUCUUCUGGAGGGCGGCGCCUACGUGAAUGAGGGUGAUGCCCAGGGGGAAACAGCAUUGAUGGCAGCUUGUCGGGCCCGCUACGACGACCCCCAGAACAAGGCGCGCAUGGUGCGCUACCUGCUAGAGCACGGCGCAGACCCCAACAUCACAGACCGCCUGGGGCGCACCGCGCUCAUGCACGCUUGCGCCGGGGGUGGGGGCGCCGCGGUGGCCUCGCUGCUGCUCGCCCACGGCGCAGACCCCUCAGUCCGAGACCACACGGGUGCCUCGGCGCUUGUCCACGCCCUGGACCGCGGGGACCGCGAGACCCUUGCCACGCUGCUGGACGCCUGUAAGGCCAAGGGCACGGAGGUCAUCAUCAUCACCACGGACACCUCGCCCUCAGGCACCAAGAAGACUCGGCAGUAUCUCAAUUCCCCACCGUCCCCGGGGGUGGAGGACCCCACUCCCGCUGCUCCUAGCCCGGGCGCCUGCACGUCGCCUUCGGAAAUCCAGCUGCAGGCUGCAGGGAGAGGAGGGGGGUUGCUGUCCCCGCGCGCCCAGGAAGAGGAAGAGAAGCGGGACGUAUUCGAAUUCCCUCUUCCUAAGCCCCCCGAUGACCCCUCCCCUUCUGAGCCGCUCCCCAAACCACCCCGUCACCCUCCAAAGCCACUUAAAAGGCUCAACUCGGAGCCCUGGGGCCUAGUGGCUCCUCAACCGGUCCCGCCCGCGGAAGGGAGGCUGGGGAUGGAGCGCCUGACCGCGGAAUUCAACGGGCUGACCCUGACCGGCAGACCCCGUCUUUCCCGACGUCACAGCACCGAGGGCCCGGAGGACCCGCCCCCGUGGGUGGAGAAAGUGACGGGUGGGGGUGCCCUCUUUCGCCGAAACACCGCGCCAGAAGCUCAGGAGUCUGGUCCCCCUUCAGGGCUGAGGCAGAAACUGAGCCGCAUGGAGCCGGUGGAGCUGGACAUCCCCGGAAACCUCUGCCCUGACUCGCCCGAAUGCAGCCGCCAGGCCCUGGAGCGCCGCCGGUACAGCGCCUCCCCGCUGACUCUCCCUUUGGCUGGCUCGGCUCCCUCCCCGAGACAGUCCCAGGAAAGCCUGCCCGGGGCGGUGUCUCCGCUGAGCGGGCGGAGGCGGAGCCCGGGGCUGCUGGAGCGGAGGGGCUCGGGAACCUUGCUCUUGGACCACAUCUCGCAGACGCGGCCGGGUUUCCUGCCCCCGCUCAACGUCAGCCCUCACCCGCCCAUCCCCGACAUUCGCCCCCAACCCGGAGGUCGAGCGCCUUCGCUGCCCGCCCCUCCCCAGGCGGGGGCGCCAGGCUCGCCCAGGACCAAGCGCAAAUUGGUGAGGCGCCACUCCAUGCAGACUGAGCAGAUCCGCCUGCUGGGGGGCCUCCAGAGUCUAGGCGGGCCUGGGGAGCCGGGGCGCUGA